AUGAAGAGGGGAUGUUUGGAAUUGCAUGAUGGAACUCUGCUGAAGAUGCUGGGACAAAUUCUAACCCUUGUUGUCCUCGUACUCUGUCUAUCACAAGCCUUGCAUAUUAGCAAUGGCCCUCAACGCAAAGUUACACAUUUAGACUGGCCAAAGGACUGUGGUGUACCCCAGUUCUUGCCGAAUAUAGCCGGGAGGAUCAUAUCUGGGAGUGAGGCACAUCCACAUUCCUGGCCAUGGCAGGUCUCUUUACAGGUGCGUUCCAGGGGGAGUAGGUCCUACAAACAUGUUUGUGGUGGGACUCUCAUUCACAAACACUGGGUCCUGACGGCAGCACAUUGCUUUCAAAAAGGCAGAGCAGGAGAUGCUGGGAUUUGGCGUAUUGUCCUCGGUAAGCACAACCUGAACCGUACUGAACGGACAGAGAAGAUCUACCGCGUGAGAAGAAUCUACAGACAUGAACAGUAUCGCUACUCACUCCUCAAUGAAAUUUACAAUGAUAUUGCUUUGGUCAGAUCAGCAGUGGACAUUCCACAGAACAACUAUGUCCAAUACGCCUGCAUACCUGAGACUGCCAGCCAACUGCGUCCUGGGCAUGUGUGCUGGGCCACAGGCUGGGGUGCUACCAGAGGACGAAAGGAAAACGUCAUAUUAUCUGAAGUCCUAAAUCAAGCCAGGCUGCCAAUCAUUGAUCACCAAACUUGCAAAAUGAAGAAAUUCUGGGGGGACCGGGUGAGGAAUACAAUGAUCUGUGCUGGUUACAAAGAUACAGAGGGACCACCUGCUGCUUGCCAGGGGGAUUCUGGUGGUCCUCUUCUCUGUCAGCUUGACUCGCACAAGUGGGAAGUCCAUGGGGUGGUCAGUUUCGGACCUAUUGGUUGCACGGUGGAGAACAAGCCAAGUGUGUUUACCAGAACCACUGCCUACCUUCCCUGGAUCGAGAAAACAAGGAUACGGGAUUAUUUCUUUGACUAA